GUUUUUCUGAACCGGUCAAUUUUUCUCAAUUCGCCGAACCAUUGAUUAAAGAGAAGUCCAGUAUUUAUUUAUUUAUAUUCAUCCUCCCCUCCUCGCUGGAGGAACAAGCAAUGGCGGGGCCUGAUAGCACUACGUCUUCCAUGACCUCAACUUCACAUACUUUAACACAUGCGCCAUCAGUAGGAUUUUUAUCUUCUUUUGUCGACCCCUCAAGACCAUCUAGCGCCGUAGAGAUGCUGGAACUUUUCGAGGCUAUCAAAUCCAGCAACCGGCAUAGCUUCCUACAACCAGCCUCUGCAAUCCCGAAUGCUUCGUUGCAGCUUGCGAAGGCCACACUCGAUGCAUAUGCUGGGCAAAUAUGCGACGAACAACAGCAGCGCCAAAGGGAAGACAGCAAGAAGCGGAAACGGGCUGAGAACGGACUAGGCAAAGGCGAAAUACUAAAGAUCAGGAAGCUUCACGUCGAUGGGUUCGAAAGUGGUCAAGUUUGGCAACAGGCAAGAAGAAUUAUCACAAGCGCACUGCAGGAUUCGAAAAGUGCACUCCAAGAAUUAGAAGAUCAGAAGAAACUCCAGAUGAACGGCAUCAACGGAGAUGCGCAUAUCGGUAUCGACCAACCGGUUGGGGACGUCCCUAACGGGGAUUCAGCUGACUACGAGUCUGCCUCCGAGAUCGAAGAUUCAGAAGGAGUUAUAGAAGAUUCCGAGGAAGAUGAGGAGAUAGACGAGGAAGACCUCGAGGAUGAUGCCGAAUUAUCAGAGAAUGAUAUGGAGGGGGGUCUGGAAGACGUCGAUGAGGAAGAAGAUGAGGUCGACGAUGAAGAUGAGCCCGAAGAGGCCUCGCAAGAGCUGGUUGAAGAUCCAAACGGUCUGAACGAUGGUUUCUUUUCUAUCGAUGAAUUCAACAAACAGACCCAAUUGUUUGAGGAUGCGGAUGCCCGAGGAGACCCGGAUGUCGAUCGUGCAAGCGACGACGAUGAGGUAGAUUGGCAUGCUGACCCACGCUCCAUAAAGCCCUCCAGUAACGGAAAGGCGCGUAAGAAACCUACUGAUGACGUUGAUGACGAGAUGCUUUCUGAUAUCGAAGACGAUGAGGAAGAUGGGGGACCAACCUUCGGUAACAUGGAUCUAGAUGCGCCAGAAGGAGAGAGCGAAGAAGAAGGCGACGAAAUGGAUGGUGAAGAUGAUUCAAACGCUAACGAGAUCUAUUAUAAAGAUUUCUUCGCCCCUCCGCAGCGGAAGGGGGCUAAAAACAGCAAAGCCAAGCAGUUCAGGGAGCCUCGGCCGACAAGACCAGACGACAACGACGUUGACCGAGCAAUGGCGGAUGUCCGGCGAGAUUUGUUCGAAGACGAAUCAGAGAGAGAAGAUUCGGAAGAUGCUCUUUCUGACGCUUCUGCGGGCGACCCUAAAUCCAGGAAAUCGGCACACGAAAGGCGGCAGGCCAAGCUAGCAGAAGAGAUUCGGCAGCUUGAAGCUGCAAAUGUAGCUAAGAGGCAAUGGGCUAUGUCUGGAGAAGCUAAAGCUGCUGAUAGGCCGAUGAACUCUUUAUUAGGGGAGGACCUCGACUUUGAGCACGUGGGCAAGCCUGUACCGGUCAUUACGGCUGAAGUGAGCGAGAGCAUUGAGGAUAUGAUUAAACGUCGUAUUCUAGCCCAAGAAUUUGACGAAGUCAUUAAACGACGCCCUGAUGCCUCUGAGUUCUCGUCCAAUACUAGACGAGGACUUGUCGAUCUGGACGACACCAAAGCUAAACAGUCGCUUGCGGAGAUCUACGAGGAGGAACACGUCAAGAACGCAAAUCCAGAUUCUUACGUGAGCAAAGCUGACGAGAAACUUGGAAAAGAAGAGAAGGAAAUUGAGCAGAUGUGGAAGGAAGUUAGCGCAAGCCUCGAUGCUCUCACUAGCUGGCACUACAAACCUAAGCCCGCCGCACCCUCACUUACAGUCGUAUCGGAUGUAGCAACGAUUAGCAUGGAAGACGCUCAACCGACGACCUCUCAGGGCGUUAGCGGUGGUGACCAUACUCUGGCACCACAAGAAAUCUAUAAGGCUGGCAAGGACACUGCUGAAAAGGGUGAGGUGGUUGCCAAGAGCGGUUUACCUGUUGCUAAGGAAGAGAUGAGCAGAGAGGACAAGGUUAGAAGACGCAGGAGAGAGAAGGAAAGGAUACGGAAGGCUGGCGGCCUCGAAGAUAAGAAGCCUAAGAGCGCGAAGGCCCAAGCACAAAAACAGACUCUUGGUGAUCUCAAGCUGGGCGGUGUCAAGGUUAUCAACAAGAAGGGCGAGAUUGUGGAUAUGGAAGGUAAUAAGGCAAAGGCGGCUAAGGUUGCGUCGAGUAGUAGCUUCAAGCUUUGAUACUAGCUUUGUGAAUAUUAAUUAUAUUAAAUUUG